UCUCUAUGGACUCUUUUUCUUUUUCUUUGUACACUUGUUAUUUGGACAUAUACGAAUUUUAAUUAGAUUUUUAAAAAAGAGUAAUCUUGCUGCUGCCACCUGUGGAUGUCGUCAGUGGUUCAUUUACAGAAUCCCAACUUUCAAAUAUUUUCUGAGGAGUGAAAGCUGUUGGAGGAGGAAAAUUCACAUCACAGAACUUGAUUCUGAGACUUCAUCCAUUCCUCAAGGAGUUUGUUGUUGGGGCGGUUUUAGAUAAAGCUGCAUAAUCAUGGCAGACUUCCCAUCUAAGGUUACCACAGAAACCAGCUCCCCACACUACGACAACCAGCAGCAGGGUGGCAACAGCCUCCGAGGGUUGACUGCAAACGUCACCACCAUGAUGGACAUGACUUUUGUCCGAAGCAUCCCGGCUGUCCUCAUGAUGGUUGAAAUAUUUCUGGGGCUGCUCCAGUGGGCGUUGAUAGCCAGCGCCCCCUACAUGGCAUUCCCCGUGUACGGCUGGGUGAUGUUCGUGGCUGUCACUCUGUGGAUCCUCACCACCAUCCUCUUUCUUAUGAUCCUGUUUGGCACCCAGCAAAAGCUCACUUUUGUCCCCUGGCCAAUAACGGUGAUGGUGUACAAUGGCGUUGCCACAGUCCUCUAUGUGACCGCCUUCCUGGCCAACGCAUCAUCUGUUCAUCCCUUCUACUCCACCCAUUUCUACGGACAUAUGGCAGCCGCUGCUUUCUUUGGUGCUGUGGUGACUGUGGCGUACGGUGCCAGUGCUUUCUUCUCUUAUCUGGACUGGAAAGGAAAUGGAGGAAACGCUGCGAACAACACAGUGCCGACCUAGGACUCAAACCAUGCAAGUCUGUGCCCAGGAAAAGACUCUGUGUUUUCUUUCCCUCAAGCUAUCUGGGUGAUUUGGAUAGUCUAGUGUUGAUGUCAACAAAGUGUCACUUUACCACUACUGCUGCCUCUGGUACCCCAGAUCCUGACCAUAGCCUGGUCUUAAUAAUGGUCAAUAAUAAUAAUGAUAACACCUAAUUCAGUUAGACAAUACCACUCACUUAAACUCAAUAGACUUUUACCCACAUAAUAUACAAAUAUGUUUUAAAAUGAAAUAUGUUUUUGCUUUGGCAAUUACAAUGGUAACUAUUAAAUUCUGAAUAUAUAAAGACAGAAUUGCCCUAAAUUGUUGGCAACAACAGUGGUGUUAAUCAUGUGGAGUGAAUGGGAUUUAUAUAUUUAUAUAUGUUUGUGACUGUAAACCUCAGAUGGUAAUCUGUCAGGGUAAUUUGCCUCAAAUCAGAAUUAAUUGUGCUGUAAACUACAGCGUAAAACACUUCCAAAUAAUAAUUUAAUCGGAAUAAUUAUUUAAAAGGCCACACUAUGUAGCUAAAAUUACCAGAGGUAAAGUAAAAUCAAUGGGGACGGUUCCUGUAACGAUUGUUAACUUUGCGGCAUGAAUGGUAUUAUUUCAUAACAUAAAGUAAACAAGAUGUGUCCUAAGUUACUCUGUAAUAGAUUAGCAAUGAUUAGAUUUAAACUGUUAAACUCUGACUUUUCUGCUCCUGGGCAAACAGGAAAAGACAAGAUCCUGUUCACAAGAACUUGUCUUUCUCCAAACUUGACAGCCUGGCCAGCCUCAAGACUUUGAUAGAAAUGAUUUCCUCUACAUUGGACUCCUGUGAGGUGUGUUUGUCUGUGAGGGACAAAUAUGGAAAAAAAAAAAACAUACGUGCUGAAAAGUUUGUCUUGCAUUUCUUGUUUACAGAGUGUUGUUUUUGUUGCAUCUAUUAGAUGUGUCUAUGACUGUAAUAGGCCACGUGAUGACAUGCUUGACUCCUGUGCUAUCUAGUAGCAAAGUCUCUUAAUCUCAUUCUAAUCUGACACACGUACAGAAAGAGUUCAGAGAUGAGUGUAUGCAUGGUAUUUGUGUUUUGUAGAUUUCCUCUGAACAUGCAGGUUGUGUCAUGUGCUCACAUUCAUUCCUCGAAAGCCAAGCCAAAGCACUGAUAAACUGAUAACUAAGGUUGUGGAUGGAAGAAUGUGCAGUUUUAAUAAAAGUGUUCCUGAUGACAGUGACUCCCAUAAUGAUCCAAAUAUUGGUACACUAGCUUCUUACAGUGCCGGGACAAAGUGUGCAGCGCUGCUUAACUCCUCUUGUAUGUGCCUUUAUGAAACUAUGUUUUUAUACCUGGAAUUUGAAUGCUAGUGAAAUCCUGCGGAGGAAUGUCGGGGCUCAACGACACACUUGUUUAAAUAAAACACUUGGUGAUUCAAGA